AUGGCGUCGCGCUUCUGGGCUGCUCCCAGCAGCGAGGAGGAGGAGGAUGAUAACAAGACCACUAGCUCUGAGGAAGAUGAGGGCGAGAGCAGCAGCAGCAGCUCUAGUGGGUCCAGCUCUUCGUCGUCGUCUUCGGGCUCUGAGUCGGACAGCGAGUCGGGAAGCGAUUCUGACAGUGACUCGGACGAUUCCGAUGGCUCUGGCAAGAAGGGCGCGGCGAGGUUCCUCGCCGGGUCCUCCGACUCUGAGUCUGAGGAUGACCGCAAAGUGCAGCUGCGCAGCAACCGCGACAAGGUGUUCGCGGCGCUGUACCAGACCUGCGAGGACAUCAGGAACAAGUUCAAGAACAACGACUGGUCCGCCAUCGUGACCCUGUUUGACGAUCUGAACAAGAACCUGGAGAAGGUCCAGAAGGUGACCCCCGGGGUGCCCAAGGGCUACGUCCGCAUCCUGGGUGAGCUGGAGGGCUACCUCACCACCAGCCUGGCUAACAAGGAGCAGAAGAAGAAGAUGAGCGCCACCAACAGCAAGGCGCUCAACACCAUGCGCCAGCGCCUCAAGAAGCACAACGUCGCGUUUGCGGACCAGCUGGCCAAGUACCGCGAGGACCCGGCUGCGUUUGGCUCUGAUGCGGAGGAGGAGGAGGAGAGCAGCAGCAGCUCGGAGAGCGAGGAGGGCAGCGGCGCGGAGGACGAGGGCGAGGAGCGUGUCGACAAGAGGAUCGCCCCCGCCAAGAAGAAGGACAAGAUCCUGACCAUGGACCCCUCCGAGAUCACCUAUGAGAUGGUCAACCGCAAGAUGCGCGAGAUCAUCGCCACGCGCGGCCGCAGGGGCACGGACAAGCAGGAGCAGGCUGCGCUUCGGCAACUGCGGCCGGGCCUGUAG